AUGAAGACAGAGAGCGUGGUACAGAGUCCGCCAUUCAGCGGUAGAAAGCAGAGUCUGAUUGAGGAUGCCCGCAGAGACAGAGAGAGGGAAGGGGACAGAGACAGCCUGGUUUCAUCCCCUGGUCCCUCACACGGCGGAGACAGUUUAGUCUUUGAAGAGAAAAGCGGCAAAGUUAUUUUGCACCUGCUGCUUGUUUUAAAAUCUGAGAAGAAUGCGGGGUUCUUCAAAGCUGCCAAAGUCUUCGAGAACUUUGGGGUGAAGCUGGUGCACGUGGAGAGUCGGACAGGUGGGAGUUAUAAGAGAAGUUCAGAUGAGCUGGAGAUCUGUGUGCAGUGUGAGCUGCACUGCUCUGAUACAGACACCUUCAUCAACGCACUCAAACGAGUUACAGACGAUGUGUGUCUAAUCAAGGACGAGCGGGUUACCUGGUUUCCUCGAAAGAUCGGUGAUCUGGACAAAUGCAAUCAUGUGAUCACAAAGUAUGACCCUGACCUAGAUCAAGAUCACCCUGGCUUUAGUGACCCAGAAUACAGAAAACGAAGAGCAUUUUUCUCUCAAGUGGCUUUCAACUACAAGCAGGGUGACCCAUUACCACAUAUUGAGUACACACCAGAAGAGAUUGCCACUUGGAAGGAGGUGUACACAACUCUGACCUCCAUCUACCCCACUCAUGCAUGCAGACAGUUUCAGGAAGGUAUGGGGCAGCUGGAGAAAGAGUGUGGCUAUGGGGAGGACAGAAUCCCUCAGCUUAAAGAUGUGUCCACCUUCCUGAAAGAGAAAACUGGAUUUCAGCUGCGUCCAGUGGUGGGGCUGCUUUCUGCACGGGAUUUCCUGGCAAGCCUGGCAUUUAGAGUGUUCCAGUGCACCCAGUACAUCCGCCAUUCUUCGUCACCCACGCACUCUCCUGAGCCAGACUGCUGUCAUGAACUGCUUGGACAUAUCCCAAUGCUCAUGGAUAAGGACUUUGCAGAAUUUUCACAGGAGAUUGGUUUAGCCUCUCUGGGAGCAUCUGAUGAGGAUAUUGAGAAGCUAUCCACACUGUACUGGUUCACUGUUGAGUUUGGGCUCUGUAAAGAGAAUGGGGAGGUGAAGGCGUAUGGUGCAGGCCUCCUGUCCUCCUAUGGGGAACUUAUGUAUUCAUUGUCCAAUGAACCAGAAUACAAGCCAUUCAUCCCUGCAGAGACAGCAGUACAGCCAUACCAGGACCAGACUUUCCAGCCUGUGUAUUUUGUGUCCCAGAGCUUUGAGGAUGCUAAGGACAAGAUGAGGCAAUAUUCGUCCACCAUCCAGAAGCCCUUCUCCAUCAGAUAUGACCCGUACACCUGUAGUAUGGAAGUUCUGGACAAUCUGUGCAAAAUCCAGAAUGUUCUGGGCCAAAUGAGAGAAGAUCUGAAGAUUGUACAAAGUGCUUUAGAAAAAUUGGACCAAAGCUGGGCAUUAAAGCCUCAUUUACAAUUAAAUAAAUGAGCCACAGAAAAUAGACAUAUACACAUUGUACCUACACGCACUAUGUAAAUGUUUAGUAAAAUUACUGACUGGAGCUUGUGUUGCUGUAAAUACACUGCAGCCCCCUCGCUGGACCAACACUAACCAAAAAGUGGGGUAGGGGGUCAUUGUUAGGAGAGCCAUGAGACAGGUCUUAACAAGCACAGCAGUGUUGCAAAGGUUUACUAGCACAGUGUACUUUGUAUUGUUUGUAGGAUGUGUAGGUGACUCACUAAACUGUUUUUACGUAUUUUCUGUGUAUUACUGUUAAUACUUUAAUAUUGGUCAUUUUCUGGCCACAGCACACACAGUAUUUUCAGUUAGGAUUCUAUUUUCAACCCAACAGUCACAAACACAAACAAAAAAAGGAUAAUCGACGAUUUGUGUUGUACCACCUUUGGCCACAAUGAUUGCAACUAAAAUCUUUUUAUAAUGUGUAUUUUAGGCAUGAACAGCUUGUGCCACAGUUUCUUUAAUACAUUUAGAUCAGUACUUUACUAGGCCACUCCAACCUUUUGUCAGACUUAGACUUGCUUUUAUGCUAUGGCUCAUUGACCUUAGCUGAGGCUAAGACUUCAGUUCUUUUAAACAUUUAGUUGUUCUGGAAUCAUUUUGAGAGGGUUUUUUGCUGAGCCCUUAGAAACAUUUUACCAGACCGACCAGUCCUGGAAAGAUUCACCACUGUAAUGAGUUUCUUUAUUUGAGGGCUAGAAGUGGCUUUACAGUUCUUCCCAGGCUAAUAUAUUUCAAGUACUUUUUUCCACUUAGCUACUCUGGAAUUUUCUCAGACCAUGGCGUUCCUGUGGUAAUAGUAUAAGAUACUAAGAUGCAAAUACUUUUUUCACAAUAGUGAAUUUACUUUAAUGGGAAAAGUAUGAAUUUGAACUUAAAUGUGCACAUGCCUGUGCAAAUAACUGA